AUGUAUUAUCAGCGACAGAGCAAUCAGAUUCUGCAACAAUUCGCUGACAAACCCUGCGAGAAGAUCUACUGCGCCUGGGGUGCGACGUGCAUCGUGUCCGAAAACGGCAAAGGUCUGUGUCAGUGCUCUACGGAUUGUCCUUUGACUUCCGAUCCCGUUUGCGGCUCCGACGACGUGACCUACACGAACCAUUGUCACCUGCGGCAGGCCAGCUGCCAAAACAGAAAGAACAUCAGGCUGAAGCACAAGGGCGCAUGCGUUAGGGACUGCGAGAAUAAAAGAAAUAGGGAACAGAGAACAGAGAAUAUAAAACAAGAACAGGGCAUAGAGAACAGUUCAAUGUCAGCAUAUGAAACAUAA